UCAGGCGGUGUUUUGCUUCCCAGCCCAUGUCUCUAAAAUAAUGGGAUUAUUUCGUUAUUUUUCCAAUUUUCCCCAGGAUUUUAUCCUUUUCGCAGUGUUUUCUACCUGAAGUUUUAUUUAUUACUCAAAUAAGCAAUGGAAAGUUCAACUUUCAGUGACAAAAUCGAGGCAUACUUUUCGGAGUUAGGGCGAUGGAAAGUAUGGCGAAGUAUACUGUUGGGUCAAGUGUUGUCUAUACUGAUGAGCGCGAAAUGUAUUCUAACGACGAUACUACAGAGCGCGACCUGGCAGUUUCCUACGACGGCCCAACUUGUUAUUCCUUAUUUAGCACUUUUCGUUUUAUUCGUCCCUGCAUUGCUAUGUAACGGAGUCACAAAACUCUCCAAAAAAUGGUGUAUAGUGAUAAUCGCUUGCACACUGGACGUGGAAGCGAGCUGGCUACUCGUCCUCUCGCAGCGCUUCACGUCCGUGCUGAGCUGACAGCUGCUGGCGUGCUCGGGCGUGGGCGCGGCGCUGGUGGGCGGCGCGUGGCGGGGGCGGCGGCUGGGCGCGGCGCACGUGGCGGGCGCCACGCUCGGCCUCAUGGCCAUCGUGUGCGUGGUGUGGGCAGAUGUAGAGG